GCACGCCCGCGUGGCCGCCGCAGCUCCGACUGCGGCCGGCUGCGGGCGCGCUACCGGCGCGACGGCUUCGCCCUCGCGUCGCAGCUGGUGAGCCCAGAGGCGCUGCGGGAGGCCUGGGAGCACGGCGCCGUUGAGGCCGUCGCGGCGGGCCGCUUCGGGGGCGCGCCGGGGGCGCCCGCGGCCGAGCUCCUGCGGACAGAGUCGCUUCCGCCGGGGCUGCGGGAGGCGAGCGACGUAAACCUCAUACACAACGGCUUCCUGCUGGCGGGCGUUCGGCAUUUGUGGCCGCUGCUGACUGCCGCGGCGGGGGGCGCGAGGUGCUUGCUGGGCCUGGCUGGCGCGGACGAGCACGCGGGAGCUUCAACAUCGUGGUCGGGCCUGCGGCUCAGCGUGCACCUGCGCCUGGCGCCGAAGGUCGGCGGGCUGGAGCACCAGCACAUCUUCGCCCACCAGGACGCCGUCUACUGGGCGCACAAGUUCUCCAGCCAGGAGGACCUCGACGCCUUCGCCAACGCCACGGUGUCCGCCUGGGUGCCGCUGACCGACGUCGGGCCGCGACGGGGGGCGCUGGCCUACGAGCGCGGCUCGCACCACCGGGGCUUCCUGGGCUUCGGCCGCCGCCAGAGGACGCCCGGCCUCCCCACCCGGCGCCUGGUGCAGCCCGCGCUGGCGGCGCUGGACGAGCACAUCGACGGCGCCGCGGCUGGCGCGGCCACUGCAGGCGCGCCGCUGGCGCAGGUCCGGCGGUUCCGGGAGGGGGCCCCGAGGGACGGGGCCCUGCUCGGCUGGCCGCACGAGUCGUGA